AGUGUGUGAUCGGAGCCCUCGGUUGACACAGGCUUUGUAAUUAAGUGCCAUCAGUAAUUAAAAAAACAUUAUUUUUUAUUUUUAUUUUAUCGUGAAGUGGCCACGAUGAUCGCUGCAAUAGUUCUCACAGCUGUUAUAGCUUUCUUAAUUGUUCAUACUUAUAAAAAUGCCUACAAAAGGCCGCCAAAUUUUCCGCCAGGUCCUCCCAGUUUGCCAAUAUACGGAGCUUUUUGGAUAGUUCUAGCUCACGACUACAAUGACUUAGCAUCAGCAUUCCGUAAGCUUGGAGAAAGAUACAAGACGAAGAUCUUAGGCCUGUUCAUGGGACCAGUUCCUACGAUAGUGCUGAACGAUCCUCAACUGAUCAAGGAAAUGCUGAACCGUGAGGAGUUUGACGGAAGAAUGGACAUUAUUCUGUUCAGAUUGAGGUCUUUUUGGAAGAAACUUGGUAUAUUCUUCACUGAUGGCUACUUCUGGCACGUGCAGAGAAGAUUCUCAUUGCGUUACCUCAGGGAUUACGGCUUCGGGAGACGAGACUAUACCCUGGAGUCCGUUGUAGCCGGAGAAGUUAAGGAAAUGCUGGACUUGAGACUUAGUGGACCUAAAUACCCUGCUGAACAUGAAAUCGUCAAGGGUGACCUGGUGCAAAUGCCAUACUUCUUCUCCGUUCCCUUCAUCAAUGGAAUGGUCCAAGUAUUAUCCAGAAGCACCCUGCCGAGAUCGGAGUACCAUGCCCUUUGGGCCCUUUCGAAAGGCACCGUGAUGUUCCAAAGAAGUUCCAAUGAUAUGGGAGGAGCGUUAUCCCUUACACCUUGGCUUAAAGAUGUGCUGCCGAACUUCAGUGGGUACAACUCUUUAGUGAAAGGAAAUCAGUUUUUGCUGGAUUUCUACUCGAAACUAGUGAACGAUACAAUGGACACGCACGAUGAGACGUAUGACCGUCACUUCUUGGACAUGUACCUCACCAGGAUGAAGGAAGAAAUGAGACAGAAAGGACGCAGCACUUACUCAGUGGACCAGUUGCUACUGACGUGCACAGACUACACUUUCCCCGCGGCGUCCGCCGUACAGUUUGUCCUGGCAAUGCUUGUGGAAAGACUACUGCUGCAGCCGGAGAUUCAGGACAAAAUACAUGAAGAAAUAGAUCGCGUCGUCGGCAGGGAUCGGCUGCCUAACCUUGAUGAUAGAAGAAAUAUGCCGUAUCUGGAGGCAUGCAUCCGCGAGACCAUGCGGUACGACACCACGGUACCGCUCGGGGUGCCACAUCGAGCUAUGAAGGACACCACGCUAGGAGGAUACAAUGUACCAGAGGGCACCAUGAUGAGCUUCAACCUGACGAUGUUACACAUGGACAAGGAAAUCUGGGGCGACCCAGAAAACUUCCGCCCUGAGCGCUUCAUCAAGGAUGGCCAGUUGGACGUCGCCAGUGACAAAUCAUUGCCAUUUGGAGCAGGCCGAAGACUAUGUGCAGGGGAGACCUACGCACGUCAGACCAUGUUCCAAGUGUUCGCGGGCUUCAUGCAAGCAUUCCACGUGACCACUGCCGAUGGAAAACCACUCCUCAAACCUGCCCGCAGGAUACAGGGCAUCAUCACCACCAUCCCCGAAUUUUGGGUCAAAGUCAACGUCAGAAAAUGAAUGCAGCCUCUUUUGUUGAGUGUAAAAUGUGUUUGAUCUCUUUUUUUACCGGCUGCAAUUUAGUCUAUGCUACUAUUAAAAAAAAUUCUUAAGUGACACGUAAAUGUAUACGAAUGGGCUUGUAGCCAUUUACAUUUUAAGAUGUUAGUGAUUAUCUGCGUGGGCUUGAUACGAGAAAAAUUCUGUAUUGUUAAAUUAUGCGUAUCGUGGAUAUAUUUUUGACAAAAUGACAUUGAUAUGGCCUCUGUAGUUUACCUUGACAGGGCGACCCAUUCAGAGGCGCAACUAGAUUUCUUUAAGCAUUAUUUUUUUUGCCUUGCAUGGAGAGAUAAUAUUUAAUCUUUGCAUGUGACACGUACAAUUGAGUACUUAGUUCUAAAGUCAGAAAACCUGAAUGUUUAAUGAUCUUCUGUUUGAACGUGUAGCCGUGUGCCACAUAAGGUUAAUUACUUUGCGUGCUUGUCUCACUAAACGACCAUUAUUUGACUACAAGUAUCUUACAUUGGUAAAAACGUAGCCUACUUAUUAGAAUUUUUGCAAGAGAGAUGAGUUAUGGCUGAUUUAGUUAUUUGUUUAUGAGAUUUUAGAAGAAGAGUUAUGGCUUACUUUUUGUUAGGUUCGAAAUAAUGCCUACAUAUAGCAAAUGUUGAGAAGGUAAAACACCUCAACACUAUACAAUUCACAACUUUUGCCUGGUUAUGUCAUAAGGACGGUGAAGGGUGAUUUCAUAUUACCCCCAGAAUUAAUUAAAGUCUUUAAAGUUGAUAUCCCCAAGGACAGGUAUGCCAUCAUUCAGUGUCGUGAACACGCGAAAUACGUAAUGAUUUACGACCGUUGAAAAUUCAAUAAAUUAUUUUGUUGCAAACAUAGUGAAGAAAGAUGGCUGUUAACAUAAUGAAUUCUUUAUAAACAUGCAUCGUUAGUGUUGCGAAGAAAACUGUUAUUUGCAAGUAGGGCAACCAAAUCAAAUGUAGGAACCGAUACUAGACUAUUGGUUCCUACAUUUGACCAAUAAUUCGGAUAAUUGUCAAUAACUCAACAAAAUCCAUUUAAUACGAUGUAAAUCUUAAUUUUUCUGUGUAGCAGUUAAAAUUAGCAAAGAUUUUAGGCACGAAGUUUUAGGUAGGUUUAGAAAAUACAUGUCCGAGCAAAGUCGGACGAAUGGUUUCUCUACCAGCAGGCAAAUAUUUCAAUAGCCUUAUUGUUUCUGUUCAACUAUAUGCAUUUCCUCCAUAAAGCUACCUAUCUUUGUAUUACGAGAUACACAAAGGCCACUAUGUAAACAUGUUUGGAUAAAACGGUCAACGUCCAUACUCCGUUUAUAUUUACCUACUUGCAUAUGACACAUGGACUUAAACGUCACGUUCUCGUCAAUGUCAGAACCAUGUUCUUAUUUUAAAUUAUGUUUUAUUGUUUAAUUUUAUAAAUUAUGUAUUCUGUUGUUUUCCUCGUAUCAAGCCACCAGAUUUUGCAUUUAGAAUUAAAUGAUGAUAUUAAUAGAAAUAUGCUUAAAAUAUUGACGCUCAGUCUUAAAAUAAGUAAUUUAGCUGUUUUUGCUUCGCUAAUUGCACCGAACGUGCUUUUAGCUUUGUAUCUAAAAAUAAGCAAACAAUUACUGUGUAUUUACCUUAAAUAAAAGAUACAUAAUUA